CUCUUAAUUAUCAUCAUCGUAUUAUUUUAAGUUCUAGUUGGGUUAAUUUUAACGGUAUAAAUAAGGGACAAUAUUCCUCUUGAGAUUUAUUUAAUUAUUUCUCUUAAGAUAGGAAUCAAUUCGAAUUUCAAUUAGAGAAGAAGUUAUGGCUAACGAAUUAGAACUGCAAAUGUCGCAUAAGUUAACUGGUGAGGCUCAUACUGACUCACUUCAUGAUGAGGAACUGUUAUUAAGUCCCUUAGAGGAAUUAGAUAACAAGAAAUUGGAUAAGAUUUAUAGAAAGUUGGAUUUCAGAAUCAUUCCUGCUUUAUGGUGCUUAUACUUCUUGGAAUCUUUUGGUUCUAGUGCCUAUGGAUUAACUUUAACUAUGAAUGCUGAUCAGGGACAUUCUUUAGGUCAAAAAUUGAAACUUAGUGCCCAUGAUAUUUCUACUGCUUCUGCUUUAUACUAUGUUGGAUAUAUUCUUUUUGAUGUUCCAAUGAAUUUAGUUAUGACUAAAGUCAGUCCUCAAUCUUGGUUGGCUAGAAUUAUUAUUACAAUUGGAUUAGUUUAUACUUUAUACCAUGUCCUUGAAAACAGCCAAGGUCUUAUUGCUAUCAGAUUUAUUUCAGGAAUGGUUGGUGCUGGUACUUGGCCUGGUAUGAGUUACUAUGUUUCACUUUGGUAUCCAAACGAUAGACUGACCAGAAGAAUUGGUUAUUACUUUACUGCUGCUCAAAUUUCAGCUGCUGUUGCUGGUUUAGUCAGUGCUGGAUUUCAAAAAAUGGAUGGAAUGAGAGGUUAUGCUGGCUGGCAAUGGAUGUAUUUAGUCUAUGGUCUUGUCACAUUAGCCUGUGGAAUACUGUUAUUAUGGUGGUUACCUGAUAGACCAUUUAAGACCACGACAGAAUCUGAUAAUAAGUUACAUAUUUUAUACAGAAAAUUUUUUACUCCAACUCAUCCUCUUAAUGAAGAAGAAAAGAAAUUACAUAGAAUGGAUUUAGAAGGAAGAUAUAAGAAACUUUCUUGGGGCUGGAGAGACCUCAUUGAAAUUAUUACUGACUUGAGAAUUUGGCCACUCAUCAUUAUGUAUUUUGGUGUUGUAGGAACUGGAUUUGGUUUAGCUGUUUUCGGUUCAACACUUAUUGCUGUUAACAAUCCAUCCUUAACUUCUAUUCAAGUUUCAUUACUUUAUGCACCAAUUUGGUUAUUUGAUUUAGCUGGUAUUUUAAUCAUGACUCCAUUUGCUGAUAGACGUAAACUGUUAAGACCAUAUAUUUUUUCAUUUGCUACAGCUAUCAUUAUGUGUGGUAUGUUUGUUACUACUUACGCUAAAGGUAAAUGGAGUAGAUAUGGAGGUUUAUUAAUUGCUGGAUUCGGAUUAGGUCCAACAGUUCCAAUUUGUAUGUCAUGGGCUGCAGAAAUUUUCCAACCAACAUACGGUGAUGUUGGUACUGCCGUUAGUGCUGCAUUAGUAAGUGGAUUAGGUAAUUUAGGAUCAGUUGUUUCUACUUAUGCCUUAUAUUCUGGCUGGCCAGCUGAUAAAGCAAGAUUAUACCAAUAUUCCAAUAUGAUGUUGGUUGUCAUGUUAGGAGUUAGUAUCAUUGCUGCUGGUGUAUGUGAAUUAAUCAAAGAUAGAGUCAGACAACCAAAGGAGUCAGCAUUACCAAGCUCAGAAGAAUCUAAUUGAUGUGAUAUACUCAAAACUCCUAAUUUUAGGAUCUAUUUUAGAAGUUCCUUUAAUACUUAAUUUGAAUAAGACUAUGUAAAUUAUAUACAGCUUAUAAUAU